UUAGUAAAUGGCUGAUCCAAUACCUUCAUUACACGAUUCCCAUCCUAUGCUCCAUCACUGAACUCCUCCCCUUCCUCUCUCUCUCCGGCACGUCAGUCUUCAGCAAUGCAGGAGCUUUGUGAUCUCAAGGUCCUCGUCAACGACCAGCACACCUUCUUCCUCCACCAGAGAGUGAUCUGUGCCUUCUCAGGCAAGAUGAGGAAGCUGGUGAAGCAAGAAAACCAGAAGAAGAAGAAGAAGAAGAAGAAGAGCAUCAGCGUCGGAGAGUUCCCCGGAGGGCCCUGUGGGUUCGAGCUCGUGUCGAGAUUCUGCUACAACAAUGGCAGCAUCGACCUCACGCCCUCAAACGUCGCGCUCCUCCACUGCUCCGCCGUCGCGCUCGACAUGGCCGACACCCUCCUGGAGCAGACCUCCGCGUUCCUGGACGGCGCCGCCGGAUGGCAGUGGAGCGACGCCCUCGCCGCGCUCAGGAGCUGCGAGGCCUUCUUCCCCGCCGCCAACUCCUGCGGCCUCCUCCGCAGGCUCAUCUCUUCUCUCACCUCAAGAAUACCCCUCGAUCGCACGGCGCCGAUCCCUCCUCCUCCUUCUUCUUCCUCCUCCGCCGCCUCCACCUCCCCGGAGUCAUCCAUGGCGACGCCCUCCGACUCACUGCAGAAGAAAGAGUGGUGGUUCGAUGAGCUCGCCGUCUUGGCGCCGAUCACGGUGGAGGAAAUGGCGAGGAGCUUGGAGGCGUUCAUGGCCGACAACAAGAGCCUGCUCCUGACCAGGUUCCUCCUGCACUACCUCAAGUCAGUGGGCCAGAGGCCGGGCUCGAGGAAGGAGAUGGAGGCGGCGGUCGGCGGGCUCGCAGAGACUGCAGUGCACGGGGUGGUGGCCAUCGGGAGGUCGACGCCGGGAGCCUUCUCGUGCAGAGGCCUGUUCUGGGUGCUGCGCGUGGUCACCGGCCUAGGGGUGAGCCGGGAGGUCAGGGACGAGCUAGAGAAGCUGAUGGGGCAGGUGCUGGACCAGGCCACGCUGGAUGACCUGCUGGUGUCAGGCCAUGGCGUGGUGUUUGAUGUGAACUUGGUGGUGAGGUUGGUGAGGAUAUUUGCGGGCGGCGCCGCCGGCGCCGGUGAGAUGGAGUUGCAGAGGAUGAGGAAGGUGGGGAGGCUGAUGGACAAGUACUUGGGGGAGAUCUGCCCUGACCAGAGCUUGAAGGUGGGCAAGUUCCUUGAGGUGGCCGAGGCAUUGCCGGACUCUGCGAGGGACUGCUUUGAUGGGGUCUAUAGGGCCAUGGACAUCUACCUUCAGUCGCACCCGGGGUUAUCUGGGGAGGAGGUGGCGAAGCUGUGUCGCUGCCUCAACUACGAGAAGCUCACUCUCGAGUCCUGCAAAGACCUAGCUAAAAGUAGGAGAAUUCCACCCGGAAUUGCAGUGCAAGCAUUGGUUUCCCAACGAUCCAAGCUACACAUGGAAACCACCACCACCACCACCACAACUACUGCAGAGACGACACUGUGUUCUCCGACAGUAGCACCAGAUGACGAGGAGGAAAAGGAACGGCUGAGGGAAGAAAUGCAUCGGAUGGAAAGGAAGGUGAAGGAGCUGGAAAAGGUGUGCAAGAGCUUGAAGGGCCAGAUGACUAAGAUGGCCAAGAAGUCUUUGAGCCAUGGCAACAUAAGCCGGGGUGGAAUGCCAAAGCUCUGCUGAAGAGAGGUUUUCCUCUCUUUGUUAGAAUUUUUUUUCUCUAGAUCAUUUGUAAAGCUCUUACUGCAAUUCAUGAAUCACAUACCUCCUGAUCUGGAUCUGGAACCUGAAAGAAAUGCAUAUAAAACGGUAUUAGAAAGUUUUACGAUAGUGUUUCCUAUGAGAAAAGAAAAUAUAGACAAAAAUAAAGUGGC